GGUCACGUUCGUUCGUUUCUCUGAUAAUAUCGAAUAAUACCUAAUAUAACUACUAAGCUGUGAAGUCCUUUAUGUUGGUUUCAGUUCACAGAGCUAUACUUAAACAAACUGCAUAAAAGGAUGGUGGGUCUCGGUAGUCGGUCUUCCGAAGUUUGAGCCGCGUUCUCGUUCUUCAACUGUUCGGCGUUAAUUUCCAUCGUCGCCUUCUGGUGUGUGCUUUGUGCGGUAAAUGUGUGGAAAAUGUGGAAUCGGGCUGCUCCAUCAACCACAACUUCCCAUCGCCCGGCGAGCACGUGAAGCAGGAAAAUCCUGCGCGUGUGUUGUGUUGUGAAUUUGUGCGUGCCAAGCGAAGAAAAAGCCUCCUCGGGAGCCUCCUCAAUGAAAAUAUUCCUCAAACUUCGCUCAAAGUUUGAAAUUAUUGUCCCCCAAAUGUGCUCACCGCGCUUGUUGUUCCCGUAAAUUGGUGGCGGUGCAGUUUCUGGCCCUUUUUCUGUGUUUGCGGCGUUUCCUCUUUGGAGGGAUUGCCGUCGUGAAGUGAAAGAAAGCCCAGGAGGACGUCGUCCAGACGCACACAAAAAAGGAUCACACUCAGAGGACACCAAGGGGAUCAUCAUCGAAGCGAGACGAAUUGGAAGGAGAACAACAUCCCUUCCAGGAUGGUCUCGAGGAUGGGCUGAGAACGAAUCCUUCUUCGUUGGGCGACGGCAACGGCAGGUUCCAUUUCUUGUUCCUGUUCGAAUGCACCGCGUGCAUUUAGUUGCAUUUUAGUGUAGUGAAUAGUAGCAGCAGCAGCAGCAGUUUUAAUAUCAAGUGAUCGUUGAUCGUUCGAUCGUUUCAAAAGAAUCCCACGGAGAUUCGUGUAAAGUGCGUGAGUUGCCUGCAGAAUAUUGUACGAAAAUGUGAGAGUGUUUCACUAAUCUAGAAGUGGAAAUUUGUGUUUUCAUUAAUUAAUUAAAGAAGAGAUCGUGAUCGUGAUCGCGAGUGCGUUGCGCGGCAAAAAGUGCUCGAAGCAGGUGCUCGAUUCGGUCAGCGCCCUCUAUACGCGAAAGUAAACACUACUGCUCGAUCGAUAGCUCGGAAAAUUCGGGCUGCCAAAAAUCAAAUUCAAAACGAACGAUUUUUUUCGCUAACGGCCACGGAUCGAACAUGUUUCCGAGGCUUUACGAAUUCAUGAACACCAACAUUGCCAGGCCUUAAAUUCCCGCGAACGAUCGUGAACCGUUUGAAAUUAUGAAUCCGUACGAACACAACGUGAUCCGGGCGCCGUCGCUGAAGCGCGGCAAGAACGACGAGGGGUUAAACAAUCGGAUAAAAUUAAAGAAGAUUCUUGGGCUCACAGUAUGCAGCAAUGCAGCCCUCGACGUGUCAUCAACCACCGGCAUUCUCGCCUAUCCCGCAGGAUGCACGGUGGUGUUGUUCAACUCGAAGAAGCUGUCCCAGAACUUCCUGCUCAACACAACGAAGAAAGCCAUCACGGCGGUCGCCUACUCACAGUGCGGACGCUAUCUGGCCACCGGUGAAUGCGGUCACAACCCUUCGAUCAAAGUAUGGGAACUGGACGCGAACGGUGGUGGUGGUGCGUACGAGAACGGUGCAGCCGGGAGCAUUGUGGCCGAGUUUUCCGGCCACAAAUACGCCGUCAGCUGUGUAGCGUUCUCGCCAACCGGCAAAUACCUGGUAUCGGUCGGUUCUCAGCAUGACAACAUCGUCAACGUGUUCGACUGGAAGGCCAAUCUGAAGAUUGCCUCGAACAAAGUGACCGCCAAGGUGGUGGCCGUUAGUUUCAGCGAGGAUGGGAACUACUUUGUGACGGUCGGUAACCGGCACGUCAAGUACUGGUACCUGGAAGGUAGCCGGAAGUACAAGGAACCGAUCCCGCUGAUGGGCCGCAGUGCGAUUCUGGGCGAGCUGCGGAACAACGAUUUCUGUGCCGUAGCCUGCGGGAAGGGCGAUAUGGCCGAAAGUACGUACGCGAUAACUCGCAACGGACACCUGGUGGAGUUUAAUGCGCGCCGACUGCUCGACAAAUGGGUCAUGUGUCGGACCAAUGCGGCCAACUGUAUGGUUGCCAGUACAAAGUACAUUCUCGUGGGGUGUGCCGAAGCCAUCGUCAGAGUGUUCAAUGCAGAAACGCUCGAGUAUAUCACGACCCUGCCACGGACACAUUUCCUUGGUGUGGAUGUGGCACAGGGCGUGCACAUCAACCACGUGAUGGCAGUGCCACAGAACGCCAAGUACCCGGACACCAUAGCGAUCGUUUACGAUGAGGCCCGGUCGAAGGUGACCUGCGUGUACAACGAUCACAGUCUGUACAUCUGGGAUCUGCGAGAUAUCAGGCGGGUUGGCAAGAGCCACUCGUUCCUGUACCAUUCCGCCUGCAUCUGGGGCGUCGAAACCGUGCCAUUCAGCUAUCAGCUACGCAACAGUGGCGAUGCAACGCUUCCGUCCGAUUGUUUUAUGACGUGCUCUUCCGACGAUACGAUUCGCGUAUGGGACGUCG